AUGAGGCGUCUGAUUGCAACUAUAAUGCUUAUAUUUCAUGUGCACGGGCUGUUGCAAGAAAAAAACCUUUCACUUAUCGAAACUACCUGUAGACACACCCAGAAUUAUAAACUAUGCAUACACACUCUACUUGCAAAUCGCGGAAGCAUCCACGCAAAUGAAACGGGUCUUGGCCUUAUAAUGGUGGAUGCUGUGAAAGCCAAGGCGAAAGAAACGCUUUAUCAAAUAUACAAACUCAAGGCCUUCCGACCCAAGAUGAGAGCUGCAUUGAAUCAAUGUACCAUUCAGUACAAAUUAAUUCUGGAGAUUGAUGUACCGGUAGCAGUAGACAGUUUAAACAAAGGGGUUCCACAGUAUGCUAGAGAUAACAUGGCAGAUUCAUCUCUGCAAGCCGUUUUCUGUGAAGGGAAUUUCCAUGGUGAAUCGCCGAUAACUCAAUUGACCAACGAAGUGCGUGAUCUUUGUAUUGUUGCUAGAGAUGUUAUCCCGGUUUAUCUGUAA